AGCAGCAGCCCCGAUCCCCUUUGGGCCUGGCACAUCUCUCUCUCUCCCUCACCCCUCCUUCUCCACCUCCGGCCGCCGCCACGGCCAGGCCGGCGUGGCGGCGCGCCACCCGACCAUCAGCGCCACCAGCUCCACCACUCCACCACAACCAGCAUCGCCAUUCUUCUCCGCCACCCAUCCAUCCAUCUGCACCACAUCCACCUCACGCAACCCACCAGACAGAGGGCCGGCGGUGUCUGAUCCAUCGCGCGCCCGACGCCCGUGCUGCCUUCUUCCCCCAUGUCCCUGCUGCCCUUCUACUCCUCCUCUUGCUGCUGUCUUUUUCCCUGAACUCCUACCGCUGCUGCUCCUCCCCUCAUCACGAUGUUGCUCCUCCCUCUUCAACCUGCUGCUGCUCGCCCUCAACCCUCUCUCCUGCUUCUCUCUCCAUGAUGCCCCUGCUGCUGCUCCUUCUUUCAUGCCCCAGCUGCUGCUUCUUCUGUCUCUAACCCCCUGCUGCUGAAUCUCUCUCCCUCUCCUAGCGCUGCUGUUUCUCUUCUCCCUAUGCCUCACUUGCUGCUGCUCCUUUCUCAAUCUUUAUGUUGUUUCUCUCGCUCUCUCUCUCUCUCUCUCUCUCUCUCUCUCAAAUUUCUGUAAUCUUGAGUAGAGUAAUGAUCAGUACUAUGUAAUGUUCAGAUUUGUUAAGUGUUAGUAACCUACUGUUGUUCAGUUUCAGACUUCUUAUGUAGUGCUAAAUUGGUGAUCUGUGAACUGUAUUGUGGCAUGCGACCCUCUGUUCUUGUGUGUGAUAAUUAGUUAAAUUUGUCACUUGUGUACUGCACUUGUUGUAUAUUCGUGUUCGUUCAAUUUGUAGUUCCUGUGUUGCUCAAGUAGCCGUGACAUAUAUGUAGGUGGUGUGAAACUUAUAUGUCCCAGUACCAUACUACUUUUGCAUGUUCAGUACUAUGAUACAUCUGUUAUUUCUAGUUCCUACAUUCUUCCUACGUACUUGUGAUAUAUAUGUGCUUGUGAUGUGAAUCACUUCUUAAUCUCUCUAUUCUGUUUGCUAUUUGCUUUGUCGAUGACCCUUCUUAGUUUUAGGAUUACUUUCCUGUAAUCAUCAUCCAAUAUCGUGUUACCUAGCUUUAGCCGAGCACGAUCAUUAACUUGCCUAGUCCCCGAGGAGAACACGACACUCGUAGUUUUGGGCGUAAAAACCCCACUACACUUACAAUUGAUCAUUUUGGCGCCGUUUCCGGGGACUAGCGUCGUGCGAUCGUGUUAGGCUAUAGACUAGGUUUUGCUUCUGUUUCUAUCUGGUGCCAUAUAUUUGUGAUAUAUCUCUUACCCCUAACCACUGUUCUAGUUAUCUUCUCUUUCUUUUCUUGUUCAUUUGUAGGUUGAAUUUUCUUCUUGGAAAUGGCAUUCUACUCAGAUCAUCAUGCUUAUGCGAGCAACACUACAAACAGCACGGAAAGUAUUCAAGAACUGAUAAGGCCAUUCACCCGCUAAAUGUCAGCAUGGCUACUCUCACCCUCCUGAUUGUUAUGGCAUGAGCUUCGCCCCACAACCUAGCUCAUACCAAAACAAUUACUCAUAUGGGUGGCCUAAAAACCAGAAUAUGUCAUAUAGGAGCAACAACCCUGAGAUCUCACAGUUUGGUUCUAGUAAUCAUAUGAAGGGAUUUAGGUACAAUGAGGAGAGCAACAACUAUGCACCACAAUAAUUUUAUUCACCUUCUACUCAUAUACCUCAGCACCAGGAGAUGUUUCCAAUGGAGUUAAAUGGUCCUCCACUUGGUCAACCAACAACUCCAGCACCUGUUGAGCAAUCUCAUGCACAAGUGCCCACACAAGAUGACUUUGAUGAUAUAGACAAGCUUACAUUGCUUAGUCUCGAGUUCACUUGGAGUGCUGGAGAUGAUCCAAUUAGGCCGGUGAUACUAGAGGAAAUGAAGAAGAUCAAGAGUGGAAAAGAGCUAGUGGAAGAAGUAAGAAAAAUUGAGAAGAAUAUCAACGCUGGGUGCACUAUCUCAUCCCUCCUUGAGCUGAGUGUUUCUGGGAUAUCCCAGGCGUGUGAGGUUCCAACACCGUCACAUCAAGCUGAGCAAGAUAGCAAGAGCCCAGAUGAAGAGCUACUUCAGAUUGAAGAUGAACUAGAAGACAAGGAACAAGAUGACCAAGAAAUUGACUACCCAAGCGAUCAAGUCGAAGACACAAUCUCUAUCUCUCCUGAAGAAGUACAAGAAGCUGCUGUAGUUGAACUUGAAGAACCAGAAAUUCAUUUUCCUAUCGUCGUACAAGAGCUUGAUCUAGCAGGUUUAUCUAACCCUCUUGAUGACAUGCUUCCUUAUGAGAUCUUUGCUGCUACUUUGCAUUGCGUCAUACCAUCAAUUAAGCUAGACUUGAAAAAUUAUUUGCUUGGACAUGAUCAUACACACCCUAUUAGUGGCAUUGCUCACAUUUGCCGUGAAGACCAUUAUUUUCCUCAUGCUAGACCUAUGCUUAAUGGUAAAUAUCAUCCUCAUGGUAGUAUUGAGCUUACUGAAUUCUACCUUCCUAAACAUGUGCUUUAUAGCUAUGCUUAUGUAAUUGGAUACUCGAUUGAUGACUUGGAGGGUAUUAUCCCUACCGCUUGCAUUGUCCCUUUUGUGGAGUGUUUUUUCAGGUUUUUGCUUGUGCACGAAUUAAUACAUGCUGACCAGGUUCGAGGUGACAUUCCUUGGGACCCCGAUGGACUCAGAGCAUGGUGAUGAGGAGAAGCAAUGGGCCACACAUAUGGAAGAGAGAAGCUGGAGCUUGCAAGUGGAAGCAAAAGGAGAAGAGCUGCAGUGCGAGACCUACAUCAUAUAAGCCCGGUGAGCUGUUUCAUGACCCCAAUCUGAAUACCAUCAUACACUGAUACAUGCUGAAAUCAUUUGCUAUUUGGGUUGCUUGAGUCAUUUCUUAAAUGUUUUCCCACUGAAUUUCACCUUUGACAUAUGGUGCUUGAUGAGAAUAUGCGAACUGAUUGUUGAAUGCCUUGUAAACUAGUGAUCUACACCCUGUUUGCUUUGCUGAAAGUAGUGAAAGCUAUUAGUUUUGAGUGCUCAAA